AUGGAGCCCAAGGUAAAUGAUUCUGCAACAAGUAACAGGGUUCACAGUAGGAAGUCGUUGAAUUAUGAUGGAGGAAACUGUGAUGAACCUAAUGCCGGAUUUGAUCCUCUAGUUGAAUCUAUCUAUACACUCCAAUCAGCACAAGAAGCACUAGGAAAAGAGGUACUGAAGUUUAGGGAAGUUGGAAUUUUAUUAGAUGUUUCAGUUGAUGGUGCAGUUCAGGACUUACCUUCAGAGACCAUUUCUAUCGAUCUGAAACUCCAGGAGACUAGCCCCUCCAAGCAAAUACAAUCUGACAAGAAUAUGCAAAGUUCUUUCCAUUCCUUGCACUCUGAGGCGAAAGAAGCAGCAAACAGAAAAUACAUGGGAACAGAACUUGACGACCUCUUUAGGCUGAAGAUUGAAGCUGAAGUUGAAUAUUUGGCAAUAUCAAGAACUGCCCAAAAGUAUAUAGCUGCUGUGAAGGAUAAAAUAACUCUGGCUUCAGAGCAAUCCCUGAAGCUGAACAUGCUUGAGAAUACAAAAAACAAGGCCUCAAUGCUUGAAAAAGAAGCCAAGAAGUUGGUGAAUUCUUGUGAAGAUAUUGUAAGUGCUGAUAAGACAUUGAAACUGCAGAUGAGGAUAUGCAAGUACGCUUCAUAUUUCUUAAUACAGUUAGUAAUAUUGGUACUCAUCCUGAGAUUCUUCAUUUUCCAUAUUUCUCCAAAUAAUGAUGGGGUUGUUCCCACUUAG